AUGUCGCUGAAUCCGAAUGGGUAUAAAUUGUCCGAGAGGACGGGCAAGCUGACGGCAUAUGAUCUCAUGCCCACCACAGUGACCGCUGGUCCGGAGACGCGGGAGUUCUUGCUGAAGGUCAUCGAUGUCCUGCUGGAUUUCGUAAAGGCCACCAAUGACAGGAAUGAGAAGGUCCUGGACUUCCAUCAUCCCGAGGACAUGAAGCGACUUCUGGAUUUGGAUGUGCCAGAUCGAGCAUUGCCUUUGCAGCAGUUAAUCGAGGAUUGUGCCACCACAUUGAAGUAUCAAGUGAAGACGGGACAUCCUCACUUCUUCAACCAGUUGUCCAAUGGCUUGGACCUGAUCUCCAUGGCUGGUGAAUGGCUAACAGCCACGGCCAAUACCAAUAUGUUCACCUAUGAGAUCGCUCCCGUGUUCAUUCUCAUGGAGAAUGUUGUGCUGACAAAGAUGCGUGAGAUUAUUGGUUGGUCCGGUGGUGACUCCAUCCUAGCCCCCGGUGGCUCCAUCUCCAAUCUGUAUGCCUUCCUGGCUGCUCGUCACAAGAUGUUCCCCAACUACAAGGAGCAUGGCUCUGUGGGUCUGCCCGGCACUCUGGUUAUGUUCACCUCGGAUCAGUGUCAUUAUUCGAUCAAGUCUUGUGCCGCCGUGUGUGGUCUGGGCACUGAUCACUGCAUUGUGGUGCCUUCCGAUGAGCACGGCAAGAUGAUCACCUCGGAGCUGGAGCGUUUGAUUCUGGAGCGUAAGGCCAAGGGCGAUAUACCCUUCUUUGUGAAUGCCACUGCCGGCACCACUGUCCUGGGAGCCUUUGAUGAUAUCAACACGAUUGCCGAUAUCUGUCAGAAGUACAAUUGCUGGAUGCACAUUGAUGCUGCUUGGGGUGGUGGCUUAAUGAUGUCACGUAAGCAUCGUCAUCCCAGAUUUACUGGCGUUGAGCGUGCCGACUCUGUCACCUGGAAUCCCCACAAGCUCAUGGGAGCCCUGCUGCAGUGCUCGACGAUUCAUUUCAAGGAGGAUGGUCUGCUCAUCAGCUGCAAUCAGAUGUCGGCGGAGUACCUGUUCAUGACCGAUAAGCAGUAUGACAUUAGCUAUGAUACCGGAGACAAGGUGAUCCAGUGCGGCCGGCACAAUGACAUCUUCAAGCUGUGGCUGCAGUGGCGUGCCAAGGGUACCGAGGGUUUCGAACAGCAGCAGGAUCGCCUCAUGGAACUGGUGCAGUAUCAGCUGAAGCGCAUCCGAGAGCAGUCAGAUCGCUUCCACCUGAUCCUUGAGCCAGAGUGUGUCAAUGUGUCGUUCUGGUAUGUGCCCAAGAGGCUUCGGGGAGUGCCACAUGAUGCCAAGAAGGAGGUGGAACUGGGCAAGAUCUGCCCCAUCAUCAAGGGACGAAUGAUGCAAAAGGGCACCCUGAUGGUUGGCUAUCAGCCGGAUGAUCGGCGACCCAACUUCUUCCGCUCGAUCAUCUCAUCGGCAGCUGUCAACGAGGCGGAUGUGGACUUUAUGCUGGACGAGAUCCAUCGUUUGGGCGACGACUUGUAAAGGGUUUUCAGACCGGUCCGGUUGGGUUUUUGGUUUAAUUGGGUGUUGAUGUUGAUAUUGAUAACCAAGAAGUAUCUAUAAGGUAAAAGCAUAUCAGAAGACCGCAAUGAAAACCCCAAGGAAUCAAGAUUGAAGAUUCGAAUGCGAGGGGAUAGAGAUCCCAGUAAUCAUCCAGAGUUCAAUGUUGAAUGUACAUUUGUUUGUAUCUAUAAAGUGUUGCUAGCUGUUCCUUUUUCUCGAUUCCUCAUCCCGUUAUCUGUAAUUCGUUAUCCGUUGACCGUUAUUCGUUCGCCCCCAGUGUUGGAAAACUAUGUAUAAUCGAAUCGUUUGAUUUCCGUUCGAUGGCAACUAUAACUAAAUCGUUAAAAAUGUACUAAAAGAAGCAAAAGAGAAGAGAAAGCAUCUAAA